CUAGCGGGCCAUGGACGAACCGAGCCUCCUGCGGCGCCGAGGGCUCCAGAAGGAGCUGAGCCUGCCACGCCGGGGACGUGGCCUGGGGGCUCGAGACCUGGCAGCCUUGGCGUCGCUCUCCGGGAGGGGGUGGCACCCGCGACUCCAGCCUCCCGCAACCCGACUUUUCCUGCUGGGCUGGGCCUGCGCGCAGGUGCGGGGCUCCGAGCCCCGCCCCGAGGAGGAGAGAGCCCGCCCCCCGCGCCCCCAGCGGCCCAGCCUCCACGCCGCGUUGGUAGCGCCGGCCAGGCGUGCUGUCCCCACGUCCGCGUCUGUGGGUCUGUCCGAUCGCACGGUGAUCGGGGUUCAGGGGGCCACAAAGGUGGUUUUGGCACCCGGCCACGUAGACGCAGCCCCGGCCUCGGCAUGAAGUCUCGCAGAGACAAGCUGCACAUCCCGGCGCUGACCCUUGAUCUGUCUCCGAGCAGCCAGAGCCCAUCUUUGCUGAGCCCCAGCAGCCCCUGCAGCCCCUGCAGCCCCUCGCUGGGCCUGCACCCCUGGAGCUGCCGUAGCGGGAACCGCAAAAGCCUGGUGGUAGGAACGCCCUCGCCGACCCUCUCCCGGCCCCUGUCUCCACUCUCCGUGCCCACAGCAGGCAACAGCCCCCUGGACAGUCCUCGGAACUUCUCAGCGGCAUCUGCUGUGAACUUCCCCUUUGCCCGAAGCCACAUCCCACGCGUGGAAAGGGCUGACGGCAGAAGAUGGUCCCUUGCAUCCCUCCCAUCUUCUGGCUAUGGAACCAACACGCCCAGCUCCACCGUCUCGGUACCCACAGUCCCACCUUGGCCAGCAGACAGGCGGUCGAGCUCAUCCUCCCGGGAGCGCCUCCACCAGCUUCCUUUCCAGCCGACGCCGGAUGAACUAUGCUUCCUGUCCAAGCAUUUCCGCAGCUCAGAGAGCGUGGUUGAUGAGGAGGGUGGCCACCGCUCACCCCACCUUCGCCCCCGUUCCCGCAGCCUCAGCCCGGGACGCACCACAGGGACCUUCGACAAUGAGAUCGUCAUGAUGAAUCAUGUAUACCGGGAGCGGUUCCCGAAGGCCACGGCACAGAUGGAAGGCCGUCUGCAGGAGUUCCUGGCGGCCUUUGCACCCGGCGCCCGGCUGGCACUGGCCGAUGGCGUCCUGGGCUUCAUCCACCACCAGAUCAUUGAGCUGGCCCGCGACUGCCUGGCCAAGUCUGGAGAGGCGCUUGUCACCUCCCGCUACUUUCUGGAGAUGCAGGAGAAGCUGGAGAGGCUGCUUCAAGAUGCCCACGAGCGCUCAGACAGUGAAGAGGUCGGCUUCAUUGUCCAGCUUGUCCGGAAGCUGCUCAUCAUCAUCUCGAGGCCAGCGAGGCUCCUCGAGUGCCUGGAGUUUGACCCCGAGGAGUUUUAUCAUCUGCUGGAGGCUGCGGAGGGCCAGGCCCGAGAAGGCCAGGGCAUCAAGACGGACCUGCCACAGUACAUCAUUGGGCAGCUGGGCCUGGCUAAGGACCCCCUCGAGGAGAUGGUGCCUCUGAGUCACCUGGAAGAAGAAGGACAGCCUCCAGCUCCUGAGUCCCCGGAGAGCCGUGCCCUCAUCGGCCCAUCACGGAGGAAGCCAUGUGAGAGCGACUUCGAGACCAUCAAACUCAUUAGCAACGGGGCCUACGGGGCUGUCUACCUGGUGCGGCACCGAGACACACGGCAGCGCUUUGCCAUCAAGAAGAUCAACAAGCAGAACCUGAUUCUGCGCAACCAGAUCCAACAGGUCUUUGUGGAGCGUGACAUCCUCACAUUUGCCGAGAACCCGUUUGUGGUCAGCAUGUUCUGCUCCUUCGAGACCCGGCGCCACUUGUGUAUGGUCAUGGAGUAUGUGGAAGGCGGCGACUGCGCCACACUCCUGAAGAACAUGGGCCCACUGCCCGUGGACAUGGCCCGCAUGUACUUCGCCGAGACAGUGCUGGCGCUCGAAUAUUUGCACAACUAUGGCAUCGUGCACCGUGACCUCAAGCCUGACAACCUGCUCAUCACCUCGCUUGGCCACAUCAAGCUGACUGACUUCGGCCUGUCCAAGAUUGGGCUCAUGAGCAUGGCCACCAACCUCUACGAGGGUCACAUCGAGAAGGACACCCGGGAGUUCGUGGACAAGCAGGUGUGCGGGACACCUGAGUACAUCGCGCCCGAGGUGAUCUUCCGCCAAGGCUAUGGGAAGCCAGUGGACUGGUGGGCCAUGGGCGUUGUCCUCUAUGAAUUCCUGGUGGGCUGUGUGCCUUUCUUCGGAGACACCCCCGAGGAACUCUUCGGCCAGGUGGUCAGUGAUGAGAUCAUGUGGCCAGAAGGGGAUGAGGCCCUCCCAGCUGAUGCCCAGGACCUCAUCACCAGGCUUCUCCGACAGAGCCCACUGGACCGUCUGGGCACUGGGGGCACCCAUGAGGUAAAGCAGCACCCCUUCUUCUGGACCCUGGACUGGGCUGGGCUCCUGCGACACAAAGCUGAGUUUGUGCCACAGCUUGAAGCCGAGGACGACACGAGCUACUUUGACACACGCUCAGAACGGUACCGCCACCUGGGCUCGGAGGAUGAGGAGACCAACGAUGAGGAAUCAUCCACAGAGAUCCCUCAGUUCUCGUCUUGUUCCCACCGGUUCAGCAAGGUCUACAGCAGCUCCGAGUUCCUGGCUGUUCAGCCCACCCCAACCUUCGCUGAACGCAGCUUCAGCGAGGACCGGGAGGAAGGCUGGGAGCGCGGCGGCGAGGUGGACUACCGCCGCCGCUUGAGCUUGAACACCGCCUUGAGCACCGGCUUGAGCACUGGCUUGAGCACAGAGAUCCGGCUACGGUCCUGGACAUCCUCUGGUUCUUCCUGCCAGUCGUCUUCUUCCCAGCCUGAGCGGGGGCCCAGCCCAUCCCUCUUGAAUACUAUUAGCCUGGACACAAUGCCUAAGUUUGCCUUCUCGUCAGAGGAUGAAGGAGCCAGUACAGCCUCUGUGGGCCCCAAGAGGCCCAUCUUCAUUCUGGGGGAGCCUGAUCCACCCCCAGCAGCCACCCCUGUGAUGUCCAAGCCCUCAAGCCUUUCUGCUGACACAGCCGCCCUCAGCCACGCUCGCCUGCGAAGCAACAGCACCGGAGCCCGACACUCGACACCGCGGGCCCUGGAUGCUGGGCGGGGCCGCCGCCUUGGGGGCUCAAGAGAGCCAGCUCCCGAGAAGUCCCGGGUCUCCCCCAGCGGGGGCCGCGUGCCCAAGUCUGCCUCAGUGUCUGCCCUAUCCCUCAUCAUCACAGCCGAUGACGGCAGCGGUGGCCCCCUCAUGAGCCCUCUGUCCCCACGCUCACUGUCCUCAAACCCGUCAUCCCGAGACUCCUCUCCGAGCCGAGACCCGUCCCCCGUGUGUGGCAGCCUGCGGCCCCCCAUUGUCAUCCACAGCUCAGGCAAGAAGUACGGCUUCAGCCUACGGGCCAUCCGCGUCUACAUGGGCGAUAGCGAUGUCUACACUGUGCACCACGUCGUCUGGAACGUGGAGGAGGGAAGCCCUGCCCAGGAGGCGGGCCUGCGAGCUGGGGACCUCAUCACCCACAUCAACGGCGAGUCUGUCCUGGGGCUGGUGCACAUGGACGUCGUUGAGCUGCUGCUGAAGAGCGGCAACAAGAUCGCCCUCCGGACCACGGCCCUGGAGAACACCUCCAUCAAGGUGGGCCCCGCCCGGAAGAAUGUGGCCAAGGGCCGCAUGGCGCGGCGGAGCAAGCGGAGCCGCCGGCGGGAGACGCAGGACCGGCGGAAGUCGCUCUUCAAGAAGAUCUCAAAACAGUCCUCUGUGCUGCAUACCAGCCGCAGCUUCUCUUCCGGCCUCCACCACUCCCUGUCGUCCAGCGAGAGCCUCCCAGGGUCGCCCACCCACAGCCUCUCCCCCAGCCCCACCACGCCUUGCCGCAGCCCAGCUCCCGAUGUCCCAGCAGGUACAGACACCACAUCCCCUCCCAGUGUCUCCCCGAGCUCCAGCAGCCCUGCCUCUCCUGCCGCCAGUGGCCACACCCGCCCUAGCUCCCUGCAUGGCCUGGCCGCCAAGCUCGGGCCCCCCCGCCCCAAGACUGGCCGCCGCAAGUCUACCAGCAGCAUCCCGCCCUCACCACUGGCCUGCCCACCUGUGCCUGUGCCCCCACCCCGCUCACCCUCACCCCUCCCCGGGCACCCGCCGGCACCUGCCCGAUCUCCUCGGUUACGCCGGGGGCAGUCAGCUGAUAAGCUGGGUUCUGGCGAACGGCUGGAUGGGGAGUCGGGGCGCCGCGGCCGUGGGCCAGACUCAGAGUUGGUGGUCAUGCGGCGGCUACACCUGUCCGAGCGCCGAGACUCCUUCAAGAAGCAGGAGGCUGUGCAGGAGGUGAGCUUUGAUGAGCCACCCGAGGAGGCCACCGGACCACUCACCUCUGUACCACAGAUUGCCGUGGAGGGCGCUGAGGCUGUGCUGGGAACUCUUGGACCUGCCGGGAAGGACUGAUCCCUCCCACCUGGCCUCUCCCUGGCCUAGGAGUUGGGCUUUUUUUGUGCAAUGUGUUUUCCAUAAAGUGACUUCUGGAUGGAGACUGAGCCACCAGACUAAGACACCUGGAAGGCGAGAACCCAUCUCGGUCCUUACUGGAAGGCAGAGACCGCACCUCCCUCAUGUUCUGGUGCAGAUCAGGGGCCGUAGGGGCCAGAAUGGGGAACGAGGGUGGCAUUGUAAAUAGCAGCAAAUCCCUGCGACUAAUUUAUUACUUUUUAUAAGCGCUGGGUAGACUGAGCUGCCACUGUGAAGGCGGCUGCCCGGGUCCUGCCCCUUGCACCUGGGACCCCAUUUGCAGACGCUGCCCCCUGGGCUGAGAAGGAAGCACUUUGGACAAGUCAUGUAUGUUCGUGUUUUCUAGGUUUCCUGUAUUUUUUUAGUUUUGUAUGUGUGUGUGUGUGUUACUUGAUCCCAUCCUGGCCCAAGACCCACUGAUCUGAGGGGAUACAGGCAAGCUUACCUGUCUGGGCCCAGUUUGGAGAGUCUACAACUGAUUCCCCUCUACCACAAAGCAAGCAAUGGCGAUGAUGAACUGGAUUCUGGAAGCUCCUUCUCACUAUCAUAGCCUCCAUCCUUAGGCCAGUCUUGCUAGAGUUUGUUUCUAGUCCUGAAGGCUUCAGCUUAGAGGAGGGGGUGUGGAAAAUGGGACUUUGAUGGAUGAGUAGGAGUUCGACAGAUCUAGGCAGAGGGGUCCUCCGUCCCACAGGGUGACACAGAUGCUCUGGGAGGGAGACUCAGGACUCCAAGGGUACUACUGCCAGGGCAGAAGAAUGUCCACCCUGCACAAGAUUUCACGUGCUUGAUGCCCACCAGGGUGAACCCUUGACCAUGAUGUGUCUGAAACACCCCAUGGCAGGGGGUGGUCCCUCCAUGUGUCACAGCCUUCCUAGAUUGAAAUUCAAGUGAGAAAACCCAACUGGGGGGCAGUGGGGCCCAAGUUUGAAUCUUGGCUUCCAUGUGUGGCUCUGGGAAAAUGGCUUUCCCGCUCUGUGCCUCAGUUUCCUUGUGUUUACAAAACUAAUCCCAAUGACUAUUUAUUCAGCAUCUACUCUAUGCCAAACGCUUUUACUCGUGGCUUCUUCCUCAGCCAGCCUUGAGAAGGCUGCAGGUGGUGUCGUCAUCCCCAUUUUACAGUCAAGUAACUGAGGCCUGGUGAGAAGUGGAGACUUGUCCCACAAAUCACAUGGUAAAAAUCAUGCAGCCAGGCCCUUUGAUGGGCCUAGUCAAGAAGGGAGCUUGAAUGGAGAGUCUGGUGCCAGAUACAGCUGACUCCCAUCUCCAGCUUUCUUCCCUAGGAUGCUAUAUGACCCACUGGGCAUGUCAGACAGAACCUCCAUUUCCUAUUUGGAGGUGCCUGGCAAGAUCACUGUGCCCCCACAUGGUAAGGGCACUUUCCAGGCACUGCAGCCCACUCUGCAUCCCUCCCAGAGACCCCCACCCAGCACUGGCUGGUGUUGGAGCUAGACCGAGGCUGUGCAUGACUUGCUCCCUCUUUCCAUCCUGGAGCUGACCGUGAAUAAAAGCCCACAUUUACAAAGAGGUCCAGUGUCUGGAUUUGUGAGGGGCAAAGGAAGGGGUAAGGGAAGAGAGAGUGCGGUGGGGACCGGGUGAAAACUGGCUUCAUUUACAGGGGUUCUGAAGGCUGCAUAGGAGUUCACCAAUGAGGUAUCUCCCUGAUGCCUUCUCAGGUCCCUGGCCUCCUGCUGCCCUCUCCCUGAAUACCCAUCAUAGGCUCUGCCCUUAAAAUCUUCAUCCAGACAGCGAUCUGGGGCCCUGAGCUGUGUUAAGUAAAUAAACCAUCUUUGUGCCCUUUGUA